AGAUAUUCAGGUAUUGAUAUGGUUAUACAGUAUACAGUAUUUAUAAAAAAAAGUUUUCAAUGGAUGGGCUAAUGCAUCUAAUAACCUCUCAGCUUCCCACUUCUUUCCCCCUGCGGUGAUCCCGUUUUGACACCGAGACAAAAACAAAAAGCAGUGUGAAUGGUAAAGAAGCGAGCAGGCAGUGAGAAAGCAAGAGGAGGCGGUGAGCCUUUGUAGUCGGCGAGGAAUGCGGAAACGCUCCUGCUCUGUGUCAAACUGCUCUGAAGGGGGUCAAGGCACAUUCAGCCAGCGUGGGAAAGCGAGGAGGAGACCGAGCACACACACAGACACACACAAGCACUGCAUAUUCUUGCAUAGAUGGGAAAAACAUAAAGGGGGAAGGACGGCUGUAGGGGAUCGAUGAAAAUCCGCCACAUUUGAUCCACUCGGCUUUCUUGAGAGAGUAAUCAAACGACCCCUUUCACUUGUUUUGCCCGUUGAGUUGCCGUUGAAGUGGUGUGGUACCGCUGGAAGAUGGGGGUUAAACCGUGCACCAUCCGACUACCUGUGUGGCCCAUUGCAAGGACACUGCGAGAGCUGUGAUGUCUGUGGAGACACUGGGAAAGUGAGCGCCGCGUUCUGCAACUUUAUGAAUGACGCAACUCUCCAGGCGGAAUAUAAUAAACUGGGCAGUGCACGUGCCAGCGCCGCUCUCCCAAUAAUGCCUUUGUGAAAUAUCCGCGCGCUUGUCACGUUUCGGGAUUCCCCGCUGUACCUCGCCUGAGAGAGGAAAAUGGACAAAGAGAGCUUGACCCAACAAUAUGAGCCGGUGGCUGAGAUCGGCGAAGGUGCGUACGGAAAGGUGUACAAAGCACGGGAUUUGAAGAACGGGGGCCGAUUUGUAGCCCUGAAAAGAGUUCGCGUGCAGACCGAAGAAGAGGGAAUGCCCCUGUCUACCAUCCGCGAGGUGGCAGUAUUGAGGCAGUUGGAGUCCUUUGAACAUCCCAAUGUGGUCAGAUUGUUUGACGUAUGCACAGUUUCCAGGUCUGACCGGGAAACCAAACUAACUUUGGUCUUUGAACAUGUGGACCAAGAUUUAACCACAUACUUGGAGAAAGCACCUGAUCCAGGAGUGCCACCUGAAACUAUAAAGGAUAUGAUGUACCAGCUGCUGCAGGGUCUGGAUUUCCUCCACUCUCACCGUGUGGUUCAUCGAGAUCUCAAGCCUCAAAACAUUCUAGUCACCAGUGGAGGACAGAUCAAACUGGCUGAUUUUGGUCUGGCACGGAUCUAUAGCUUUCAGAUGGCUCUUACUUCUGUGGUUGUCACAUUAUGGUAUCGAGCUCCAGAGGUGCUGCUUCAGUCCAGCUAUGCUACUCCCGUAGAUCUGUGGAGUGUCGGCUGUAUCUUUGCAGAGAUGUUCAGACGGCGCCCUCUUUUCCGUGGGAACUCCGAUGUUGACCAGUUAGGCAAGAUUUUUGACAUGGUGGGGGUCCCUUCUCCAGAGGACUGGCCUCAGGAGGUGGGCUUGCCGCAGAGUGCCUUUUCCCCUCGCCCUCCUCAGCCCAUAGAGGACCUGGUGCCUGACAUGGAUGAGCUGGGCAAAUCACUUUUACUUCGUUUUCUGUCAUUUAACCCCUCCAGAAGGAUAUCAGCUUAUGAUGCACUGUCCCACCCAUACUUCCAGAGUCUGGACAGCACCAGCAAGAGUCUGUAUGCCCAACCCUUCCCCAAUAAAAAGCCCUCCCUGGAGGAGAGAGCUGCUUGAAAGACAUGAAUUUUCAUUUUAGACAUUGACCCCGAUCCUGUCCCCCUUUGAACUAGUCUUCCACAGCAUAACAUCACAUGCUGCUUUUAGAAUUCAAUGAAAUAUCAGCACAACUAUUGGUUGAUCCUCUUUUGUCUUUGCUCUCACUACUGCCAGCUAAUACAGACCAACAACAGAAAAACAUGCUGCCUGGAAUAACAUUCAAAAUGUCAGAAGCUGCUCUUUUCUGCUCAGAGGAAAAUACGCUUCUCUGAAGCUGCAUCACAACACUGCCAGGGAUCAUCUGUUCAGUUUACAUGGACAGAUCUAAAAUGAGUCUUAGUUGCAUAUCACUGCCAUGAAACAGCAACGUCUUACGUGGGAUCAUUUUAGUUUUACUUGGAUAUAGCAAAUAAUAGAACCACAACUACUGCAAAUUUGGGCCCGUUGAACGGAACCUCUUAUUUUACACCAUAAGAUAUAAUCGCUAAUUCACAUUUUUUUGCGCUCACACUUCUGAAACCCUCUCGGUCUCAGGCCUGGAGGAUUUGUUUUGUUUUCUGUCAUUUUGUGACAAUUUUGUUACCGUGCAGUCCAAGCAGAAGUAUGUGGACACAUCUCCUCAUGUGACUUGGACACUAUGUGUAGCCGUAUUAAUGACUGCAUAAAUAAAGACACGCAGAAUCAUUUUGUGUUCUAUUGAUUAUGGCAUUUUACUAUUUCCCGUAAACUUCUCGCAAGUCUCCCAAGCAUCCUGGUAUUCUUGUCGAUGAAUCGGCCAGGACAGAUGCCAUCAAAUGCUUUGACUUCAAGCACUAUUUAACACCACAUUUCCUUGACAGUAUAAUGUUAUUUUACAUGUAUUGUUUUUCAUUAUAAAUUCUACAUCUUGUUCACUUAUUUUAUGUCGGUGUUGAUUGUUGACAACUUUUGUUUUUGGCAUUGUGUUAUGUCUUAAUUUUAGAGAACUUGAAGGUGUAGGUUGUUUAGAAAGCUAUACAUUGUUGACUUAUACCAAACAGUCUACACCCUGUUGUCAGGGAUUAAGUGCUGAGACAAAGUUGAAGGCUGACCUGCACUGGGUUGUGUGUUGACUUUAGUGUUGGAUUAGAGCAGAAAGAAGCAAAGAUCGGAAAUAUAGAGAAUAGUUUUGAAAGUCUAGUAAAAGUAGCUAUAGAGUUGGUGAGUGUUAUGUUAAAGGUCAGGUUGUGAGAUAUGUUAGAGGCUUGAAGAGUAAUGUAUUAUCCCAUUAUUAAUCGAUUCAGUCCAGGUCCUUUUACAUUUUGUUACUUUUCAUCCUUCCAUUUUCCAUUUCACUGUACAGAUAAAUGAUCAUAAAAUAUGUGGCAAGCUGUAAUGUUGGCUAUAGGGCUUGCCAUUGCCCAUUCAGUGCCUUCAUAUUUGGUUUGUGGCCUACGUAUGGCGAAAAAGUGAGGAAGGAAGGAAGGAAGGAAGGAAGGAAGGACGUUGCUUCAGGAUAUAUGAUUUAGCCUGGAGUUCUGAUCCAGGUGAAGCUGUUUAGAGAGACUAAAGGAGAAGCUAUACGCAGGCACUGUAUUACAAUUUUACAAUGUAAUGUUCAUACAGUUAAGCACUGAUGCUUGAUUCAUACUCUCAGGAUCAGUAUACUCAUUCUGUCACAUUCCAUACUCAGGUCUAUUUAUGGCUAUAGUUUUAGAUUCAACAAGGGUUCAGGUUGUGGCUAAACCAUUAAUCUAACAGUGAUUCAUAUUAGAAUGUGGUCUCAAAUCUAUCCAUUGCAUUGAUUCCAUAUGAAACUGUAGCAUAAUAGGUGUUGUUGGUUUAUUUAUGUCACUGUUCAGUCACAUUUCCUUAAAUUCGCUUGCAUUGUUUUGGACCCAAUUUGGAACCGAUAAUGAAACAUAUACAUAGUCAUUUCAGUUUUUAUACUUAUACAUUAUUAUAUUAAUAUUAUAUUUUAUGAAUCCGAUCACUGUUGUGCAGCAACAUUUGUACUGCUAAUUAAUUAUGAUUAUUAUUAUUUUUUAUAAAUAUCCCCUUUGAUCAGUCAUUAACUGUCCUGAUGAAAUGUGCAUCAGCGUACAGUCUAAUGCACAACGAUUACAAUGGUUUAUUGCUGGUGUAUAACACCAUCAUAUUCAAAUCCUCUGCUGAACUGACAUUAUGCUGGCACAGCAUUCCCUUCCUCCAAAUGAGUCUGUGAUUGGAUUUGAUGUUUUCAGAGGGCAUUAGGUAUUGAGCAAUGUAAACCAACGUAACUGUAUGUCUUUUUGUUUGUGGGUCUAGGAUAGAACUAAUCCGUUUUUUGAGCUUGGUUAGUGUGGUGAAUAAUUCAUAGUGUUUUAAAAUUCUAAAUGUGUUAAUUGUUAGGCUUUCGAAUGUACGACUGUUCUUGUUAGUGAUGGGAUUUGAAUUUUGAUGUGAUAUAUGUACAUAUCAUGGUGAAAAAAUGGCACCUUUGAUAUUACCCAUCUCAGUGCUUUUCCCCUUGAAAUCUUUUUUUUUUUUUUUUAAUUUAAUUUAAAUUUUUUUUUAGUGAACCUGUUGUGGAUUUAUUACAUUUAUGUUUAACUUUGAUUUAAAGGAAAAUACAUAUUUUGUUGUUUUAAAUGAUGUGCUUUAGUUAGUCGUUUCUAUAAUCUAUUUGAUUCAUAUAAUCAGAUAUAAUUUUAUACAAAAAUUUUAGUGGAAUUGCUGGACAUUGGUACAUGUUUUUUUGUUUUUUUGCUCCCUACUAAAAUUUCCUUAUCACUUUUUCUUAUUUAUUGAGAUUACAUCUUUAUGAUGAUUGUAAUGCUUUUGAAGGCAUUCUGUCAUUUUUAAUUACAAUACUCAAAUUUGUGUGUAAUUGGACAGUGAUGAGCUAAUGGUGCUACACCUCAUGUAUCACUGCAGACUUGAACAAUUGUAAUCAAUUUGGCAAAAUUGUUCCAAGGAGAACAGUAACAAAAAAUAUAUAUAUUUUAAAACAUUUAAAAUAUAUAUAUAAAAAAAAAAUUUCUUUUUUUUGUUAUACUUUUACCAUAUUUACAUGGUUUCAUUUGUGAUAUGUUUUCCCGAUAUGACUUAUACAAAUAAUUUAUAAGACAUAGAAUACUUUGAAUUUAAAUCCGUUAAGCUGGAAAAUUCUGUGCAUUAAAUCACACACACACACACACACACACACACACACACACAAAUGUAAUAUGGUAAAUCUCCCACAAUGAAAUACAUUUUCUAAUUAAUGUGCACAAUGUUUUCAUUCUGCUGCAUAGAUACUGUGUAUAAAACUAAACUAUUAUCAUUAUACAUGUAUAAGACUCCUAUAUGGUAUUUUAUCAGCAGCACAGUUAUAAUAUUUUUUAUUAAUUGAUAACUAAGUGUUGGAUCACUUUAGACUGCAUUAUAUGUUUGAUUUAUUCUACUUUUUCAUUGGAAAAUAAGGUAAACUGAUCGGAAGGGGUUCUAAGGUUUUAUGAUAUGUAUUUGUCCAUUUUCCACCAUUUCUUUUAUACAGUAUCUGUUUUUUCAUAAUGUGUUGCUAUUUUGUGUUACGGAUUUAUGUAAUUGUUUUAAGUAAUUAUUUUAAACUUUGCCAUCUUUAACUGUGCACACUGAUUAGAAAUUGAAUGUUGAUUAGAAGUUAAACUGUAUGGGUUCUUUUUUUUAAUUUUUUAUUUCACAUUGGCUGGAGAUUGGUAAAGUGUAUUUUGUUGGCACCCAAUCUUGUGUGGUGUACUUUUUUAUUUUUUUAUUUUAUCAGUUUGUUGUCAGCUUUCUGCAUUCAUGUAAUUCUUUUACUAUGGGGAUGGAAAAAUGCAUAUGAAAAUUUGCAAAAAAAACAUUCUUUAUCAACGCUUCAAUUGUUUUGUUCAACUGAGUAUGUAAUUAUAGUGUUAAAAUAAUUUUGCAUUCUUCUGCUUUUACCAUCUACAUUUUUUUUAGGCAAGAAAGGCAAAUGUGGACUUAGGUCACCAAGUUAAAGUUACUAUCACGUGCAUGUGGAGUUUUAGUUUUGUUAAAAAAGAAAGUCUUGUCUGGUUUAUCAUCUUGUCAGGAUUAGUCUAUCAUACAUAAAGUAGAAUGCAUUACAUUUUAUGAUGGAAUACCUAAUAUCAGUUUUUAAAUACAUUUCUUUUAAGCUAUGUUUAUAUUAAAACAGCACAUUUUUAAAUUUAAAGCAGAUGGUUUAUUUCUUAAUUCAUUUCAUUUAGUAACUCUUGUCAGUAAAGUGCAAAGAAUUGUAUGAUUUUGCAAGAACCAAAUUGAAAUAAGAUUGUUGGUCACAGUGCCCUUGUAUGACCAUAUUAGCUUUUUUGUUUUGUUCAUUUGUUUGAAGAAGGGUGAAUGAGAUAUGAUAGUGUUUUGUAUCUUUUUUUUCUCUGGACUGGUUUUGCUGCUAAUGGAUGUCUUAGGCUCCUUUAUGAGUUCUAUAAAACUGGCCCACCUAAAGAUGAUUCCAAUUUGUUGCCAUUGAGAAAAAGCUGCUUUUGCGUUUGUUUUGUAUCUGUAUCUGCCUGACGUUUUCAUAUUUUUGUAAAAUAAAUAUUCCAGUGUGUAAAACUGGGUUGCAAAAUU